GCACUCGGAGGGCUCCCUCGCGUUCCCUCCUCCAGUCUCGCUUUGUUUACGGGCACGCGCGGCCGUUGCUCCGCGGCUCCCGCCAACGCACAGCGCACGCGUUAUUUAAAAAUAAAACUUAUACGCGGCACAUCCUGCGUACAAACUUAUUAUUAAAACUCCUCGGUGACAUUGUCUUUGAUCAUCGUCCACAGAUAAAAAAACUAACUUGGUGCAAAGUUGUUAAAGUUCAAACCGGUUCGUAUGUUUUAAAGUAAACAGUGUUGAAAUGGCGGCGAAUUGAAACACGAAGAUGGAUUGGCGCGAAAAACUGUUCGGUAAAGUGUUGGUUCGAUGCGAUUCGGGGACGCAGAAUGGACAGUUUGAUAACGUCGCGACUCUGGAGGCAUUGUCCGACUGCGUAGAAGAGGGAGAGGGGACUGUUUGCGGUAUUUAUUUCUCGUUUGCAAAUAUAAGCGAUAGUAGUGAUGAUUUCGGCGUUCGCCUGGAAGAGAUCUACAACAGAGUGCAUCCUCGGCUGAAGGUGGUCCAGGUGGUGUUGUGGGCUCACGUGGGGACUCCUGAAGGUCCUGUGGAGCGGGAGGCAGGGUUCAGAAAGAGCCUGACUGGGAAGCCGUGGUUCGCUGUGCCUUUCCACGAUGUUGAUAUCAAGCGGCGUCUAACCCAAAAAUACAGCAUAGCAGUAGGAGUGCCGACCUUAGUGAUCAGAGGACGGCAUGUGAGGGAUGCUCUCCUGGACGACCCGCUUGGAGAGAGGUUCCCCUGGCCCGCGCCUCCGUUGCAAGAGGUGCUGAGGGGCGUGGAGCUUCAAGGAGAGGGUGAGGCGAGGAGGUACGAGGACUUGCCUGUUGAUGCCCUCAGAGUGUUCUAUUUCGCGGCGCAUUGGUGCCCACCAUGUCGUGCGUUCGCGCCGAGCCUGUGCACGGCGCUGUCUGCCGUGCGCAAGCGCCGCUCCAAGUACGCGAGCACGCAGCUCAUCCUCGUCUCCAGUGACAGGAGCGAGCAAUCAUACAACCGCACAGUGCAAUCAGUAUCAGGCGCGGGCGCACUGUCAGUGCCGUGGUGCGCGAGCGAGGCGCGUGCGACGCUGCCCGCCGCGCUCAGCGUCGCCGGCAUACCAGCGCUAGUCAUCGCGGACGCUGCCGGAAAGAUCCUCACCGCGAAUGGCAGGCAUCACCUCGCUGGGGAUCCACUUGGUCUGAAUUUCCCGUGGGGACAGCGCGCGGUGUCGGUGCUCACAGAGCAGGCUCUGUUGAAGAUGGCGCGACAUCCUGCCGUCGUGCUGUUUAUUGACGACGAAGAUUCAGAAAUAGAAUUCGCUGAAUCAGUACUGACACCAUCAGCCGAAUCAUACUACGAGGAAUGCAGCAUCCAGUACCCCGGCUUCUGCCCCUACCAGAACUCCUCGGACGACGAGACCAUGGACUUCGACUACCCCACCACCAAGAACAGCAGGAUGAAGAAGAAAACUUUCAAACACGUGAUGUUUUACAUCGGCAUUGACGGAACAGACAGCGCGGAUAUGUUAAGAGAGCAUAUUUGUUUAGACGAUGCUGUUCCCUUGCUAACAGCCAUCGAUUUCCCCAAACAGAAGAUGGUCACCAUGAAGUAUGGUGACGAGAUCACCACCGACUCAGUUCAGAAUUUUGUUGAUGCGUAUCUCAGCGGUAAUGCGGAUUUCAAACCGUUGAAACCUUAUAGUGAUAGGUGUUAGAACAGUCAGUAGUCUUUCGUAGAAUAGAUAUAGAGUUCAAGUUUCUUGUUUUCUCUCAUCUACCUUCUCGCUUCGGUUUUAUAUAUCCGUUUUAACCGCAAAAAUCAAUAUACCGUCUAUUUUAUAUUCGCUCUCACCAACAUCAAAUACAAUUUUGAUCUAACGGUAGUUAAUUCAGCAUGUGUAGGCUAUGAACCGUGAUAUUUUUGGUUCCAUUUCUUAUAGGCCAAAAAAAUGCUAAGAAAAGCUAUUCAAUUAAAAAAAUCGUUAAUUGUCCGUAAGUAAUCCUUAUGGCGUGGUAUUAGUUUGACUUUCAUGGGUAUUCCCGCUGUCCCAGUUUAUUUCCGUCAGGCUAAUUGCGACAACGUUACUAGCCUCUGCAUAUCUUGUAGGACAUAGCUACAGGUCACACAUGUUAUUUUAUGCCAUCAUGAGCAGCCAGAAACGUAGAAAGUAUUUCCUCUGAAUAUUAAUAUUAACUCAUAUUUGACAUGAAUUACAGCAAAAUAAUAUACAAAAAAGUAAAUAACGAUGAAUAAAUAAAUACACACUGUAUCUAAUUGUGCAUGCCCUGUGAAACAUCAGCUGUUACACGUUCAAUGAACCGACAAACUAUCGAUUCGCCAAACUUUUCUGUUAUUAUAUAGGUGUUUCAUAUACUAAACUUCUCAGAUUAUAAAUUCGAUACAAUAAAGACGUUUAAUGCA